AUGGACGUGUACCGCACCCCGGCCGCCGCGCUCGACAAGCUGGUGGCCCGCAGCCUGCAGCCGCCGGGGGAGUUCGUGCGGGCGGCGCGGCGGGCGCUGGGCGCCCUGGUCUGCGCCCUGACAGAGCGCGGGGGCCGCCCCGGCCAGCCGCUGCCGCGCGUGCUGAAGGUGGUCAAGGGAGGCUCCUCUGGCCGGGGCACAGCUCUCAGGGGUGGCUGUGACUGCGAACUUGUCAUCUUCCUCGACUGCUUCAAGAGCUAUGAGGAUGAGAGGGCCCACCGUGCACAGAUCCUCAAUGAGAUGCGGACACUGCUGGAAUCCUGCUGGCGGGACCCGGUCCCCGGCCUGAGCCUUAAGUUUCCUGAACAGGAUAUGUCCGGGGUCCUGAGGUUCCGACUGGCAUCUGUAGACCUUGAAAACUGGAUGGAUGUUAGCCUGGUGCCCGCCUUCGAUGUUCUGGGACAGCUCAGCUCUGGUGCCAAACCCAAGCCCCAGGUCUAUGCCACCCUCCUCAAAAGUGGCUGCCAGGGGGGCGAGCACUCAGCCUGCUUCACAGAGCUGCAGAGGAACUUCGUGAACACUCGCCCAGCCAAGCUCAAGAACCUGAUUCUGCUCGUGAAGCACUGGUUCUGCCAGGUGUGCCCCCAGGAGGCAAGGAAGGAAACGCUGCCCCCUGUCUAUGCCUUGGAGCUGCUGACCAUCUUUGCCUGGGAGCAGGGCUGUGGGAAGGACGCCUUCAGCCUGGCUCAAGGCUUCCGGACUGUCCUGGGCCUGAUCCAACAGUAUCAGCACCUGUGUGUUUUCUGGACCGUCAACUAUGGCUUCGAAGACCCUACAGUCAGGCAGUUCUUGCGAAGACAGCUUGAGAGACCCAGACCUGUGAUCCUGGACCCAUCUGAUCCCACAUGGGAUGUGGGAAAUGGGGCAGCCUGGCACUGGGAUAUGCUGGCCCAGGAGGCAGAGUCCUGCUAUGACCACCAGUGCUUUCUGCAGGGGUCUGGGGACCCUGUGCAGCCCUGGGAGGGGCCGGGCCUUCCACGUGCUGGGUGCUCAGGUUUGGGUCACCCCAUCCAGCGAGACCCUGACCAGGGGACCCCUGAAGACAGUAGGAGUCUCAAUGCUGUGCUACCAAGGGCAAGGAACAAGCAGCCCUCAUGCCCAGCUCCCAGCCCCUCGGGGGCGGCCAGUAUAACCUCCUCUGUGCCAGGGACAGCCUCACAUCUGUCUCAGAUCCCUACCAAGGAGCUGGACAGCUUCAUCCAGGACCACCUGAAACCAAGCCCCCAGUUCCAGGAGCAGGUGAAAAGGGCCACUGAUGUCAUCUUGCGCUGCCUCCGGGAGAACUGUGUCCACAAGCCCUCAAGAGUCAGCAAGGGCGGCUCAUUCGGCCGGGGCACAAACCUAAAGGGUGGCCGUGAUGUCGAACUCAUCCUCUUUCUCAACUGCUUCACUGACUACAAGGACCAGAGGGCCCACCGUGCAGAGAUCCUUGAUGAGAUGCGGGCACAGCUGGAAUCCUGUUGGCAGGAUCAGGUCCCUGGCCUGAGCCUUAAGUUUCCUGAGCAGAACGUGCCUGAGGCUUUGCAGUUCCAGCUAGUGACUGUGGCCCUAGAAAGCUGGAUGGAUGUUAGCCUGCUGCCUGCCUUUGAUGCCAUGGGGCAGCUCAGUUCUGGCACCAAACCUAAGCCCCAGGUCUACUCGACCCUCCUUGACAGUGGCUGCCAGGACGGUGAGUACCGGGCCUGCUUUGCAGAGCUGCGGAGGAACUUCGUGAACACUCGCCCAGCCAAGCUGAAGAACCUGAUCCUGCUGGUGAAGCACUGGUACCUCCAGGUUGCAGCUAAGGACAAAGGAGAUUGGCCAGCCCGUGCCUCUCUGCCCCCAGCCUAUGCCCUGGAGCUCCUGACCAUAUUUGCCUGGGAGCAGGGCUGCAGGAAGGACCGUUUCAACAUGGCCCAAGGCCUCCGGACCAUCCUGGGGCUUGUCCAGCAGCAACAGCAGCUCUGUGUCUACUGGACGGUCAACUACAGCAUUGAGGAUCCAGCUCUGAGAAUGCACCUCCUUGGGCAGCUUCGGAAACCCAGGCCUCUGGUCCUGGACCCUGCCGACCCCACCUGGAACGUAGGCCAGGGAAGCUGGGAGCUGUUGGCCCAGGAAGCAGCAGCCCUAGAGACACAGGCCUGCUUUAUGGGUAAAGAUGGGAUACCUGUGGAGCCCUGGUAUGUGAUGCCAGCUCUCCUUUACCAGACCCCAGCUGGGGACCUUGACAAGUUCAUCUGUGACUUUCUCCAACCCAACCGCCAGUUCCUGGCUCAGGUGAACAAGGCUGUCGACACCAUCUGCUCAUUCCUUAGGGAAAACUGCUUUCGGAAUUCUCCUAUCAAAGUGCUCAAGGUGGUCAAGGGCGGUUCUUCAGCCAAAGGCACAGCUCUGCGUGGCCGCUCAGAUGCUGACCUAGUGGUGUUCCUCAGCUGCUUCAGCCAGUUCACUGAGCAGGGGAAUAAGCGGGCCGAGAUCAUCUCAGAGAUCCGCGCCCAGCUGGAGGCAUGUCAGCGGGAGCAGCAGUUCGAGGUGAAGUUUGAGAUCUCCAAAUGGGAUAAUCCUCGUGUGCUGAGCUUCUCACUGAAAUCCCAGACAAUGCUGGACCAGAGUGUGGACUUUGACGUUCUGCCAGCCUUUGAUGCCCUAGGUCAGCUGGUCUCCGGCUCCAGGCCCAGCUCUCAAGUCUACGUCGACCUCAUCCACAGCUACAACAAUGCGGGCGAGUACUCCACCUGCUUCACUGAGCUGCAGCGGGACUUCAUCAUCUCUCGCCCCACCAAACUGAAGAGUCUGAUCCGACUGGUGAAGCACUGGUACCAGCAGUGCAACAUGAUGCCCAAGGGGAAAGGCUCCCUGCCCCCUCAGCACGGGCUGGAACUCCUGACAGUGUACGCCUGGGAGCAGGGCGGGCGGGACCCCCAGUUCAACAUGGCCGAGGGCUUCCGCACCGUCCUGGAACUGGUCACCCAGUACCGCCAGCUCCGCAUCUACUGGACCAUCAACUACAAUGCUGAGGACAAGACUAUUGGAGACUUCCUGAAACUACAGCUUCAGAAGCCCAGGCCCAUCAUCCUGGAUCCAGCUGACCCAACGGGCAACCUGGGCCACAAUGCCCGCUGGGACCUGCUAGCCAAGGAAGCUGCAGCCUGCAUAUCUGCCCUGUGCUGCAUGGGCAGGGAUGGCACCCCCAUCCAGCCAUGGCCAGUGAAGGCUGCUGUGUGAAGCCCAGGAAAUCAGUGGUCCUACCGGAUGGAUGCCAGCCCUCAGAGUCCCCUGCCAGAUGAGCCUCUGUGUGUGU